GCAGUGCGAGAGAGGCUCGCGCCUGAGGUGGAAUCUCUGCGCAGGUUGAGGAGAAGCGACGACGACAGUUUGUGCCAACGGUCGACGCAGGGGUCUUUCCUUGCCUCCGCUGCGGACGGAGCCCGGCCCCUUCUCCGACUCCCGGCCCCGAGGGGCUCCUCCGGUCUCCUCGGUGCUUGGCGUUUUGCGCAGGUCCGUCCUCCUGCGGGAGGCUCCGCGGAUGGCGCGGCCGCAAACGCCUCAGCGGCCCCGCGUCCCGCCCUGAGCCGGCGGGGCUCCGACCAAGAUGCGCCUGUGCCGCCGCGGCCCCCGCUCUGCGCCCGGUCGGUGGCGGUGGCGGCGGGCGCUGGGAGCGGAGUGCCCCCCGCCGCAGAGCCCCCUGUGAAGCAGCAUCCCGGAGGGAGGAUGGAGCCCGUGGGCAGCCCGGCCAGAGCCUACGACUUCUUGCUGAAGUUCCUGCUGGUGGGCGACAGCGACGUGGGCAAAGGCGAGAUCCUGGCCAGCCUGGAGGACGGCGGCGCCGCGGAGUCUCCCUACGGGUACCACAUGGGUAUUGACUACAAGACUACAACAAUACUUUUGGAUGGUCGCCGAAUAAAGCUGCAACUCUGGGACACAUCUGGGCAAGGCAGAUUCUGUACCAUCUUUCGUUCCUAUUCCAGAGGGGCCCAGGGUGUGAUACUGGUAUAUGAUAUAACAAAUCGCUGGUCAUUUGAUGGCAUUGAUCGAUGGAUAAAGGAGAUAGAUGAGCAUGCUCCUGGUGUACCCAAAAUCCUGGUUGGCAAUCGCCUGCAUCUAGCGUUCAAACGCCAAGUAUCUACUGAGCAAGCACAGGCUUAUGCUGAAAGAUUAGGCAUGACCUUCUUUGAAGUAAGCCCACUCUGCAAUUUCAAUAUCACUGAGUCCUUUACAGAACUUGCAAGGAUAGUGUUAAUGAGACACGGAAUGGAUCGGCUGUGGAGGCCAAACAAAGUCCUGAGUUUGCAAGAUCUUUGUUGCCGUGCCAUAGUUUCAUGCACCCCCGUGCACCUUGUUGACAAACUUCCACUUCCUGUUGCCUUACGAAGCCAUCUCAAAUCAUUCUCUAUGGCCAAUGGUCUUAAUGCUAGGAUGAUGCACGGUCGUUCCUACUCCCUUACUACCAGCAACAACAACAAAAGGAACAGCCUGAAGAAAGCUAAAAUCAUCCGUCCAAUCCAGAGCCCUCCAAAACACUACACCAGAAAUAGUUGUAAAAUCUCCUAAGCCUAUCUUUGGGAAGCUCUGAUCAGAAGCUUCAACACAAGGACUAAUUGAGUAGCCAGGACUGUUGUAUGUACAGCAUUACAGAAAGAGAACAAAGGGAAAUGUUAUUUUAGAGUCAUUUGUUUUUAAUAAUGCUGCUUCCAGGUGCAUAAUACAUUCUUUGUGAACAAAGGGAUAUUAAACUUUGCUGUUUUUAUAUAUCAAUUUUUGAUGUGCAUGAAGACUGUGUGUGUUUUAUAAAGGGAAUAAUUUAUCAAUACUGAGAUUUCAAUGACACUAUAUCUCAGAUAUCAUUCAUUUUAAUUGCUAAAUUAAAUAUUGUUCCAUCAGUUUGAUUUAUUUGCAGUUAGAUAGGAAUGAGUGUCAGUCUGUUGAUUCAGGCAAGAUUUUUAACCACAAUGUAUUGUAUACAUUGCAAGAAGUACAGCUAGUGAAACGAUUCUAGUAAUGUUGCAGUAGAGCAUCUGAUGCUGGUUUUGUACAGCUUCCCCAGUGAUUCUAAGUACUAUUCUGAGCUAUUAAUGUGUAUAUGCAAUAUGCACAAGAUUUUGUCCCAUCCAUGUAUAAAGUAUUUGAUAAAGUUUUUGCUAUGUUGUUAAGGGAUUACUCUGUGGGUUAUAUGCUUAUUUUUCUGGUAAAUCUACAUUUUUGUAUUUAAUAUUCUAGUGAUCAGUUAUUGAGAGCAAAAGCCAAAGAUGUCAAGAUGUAUUUGUCACAUCAUCAAGAAGAGUGUGAUUUCUAUCAGGAAAGGAUACUGUUAUUUAAAAAAUAAAAAUAAAACCUACAAUGUGUUUGUGUGUGUUUCCAGCUAAA